AUGGAGAUGUUAAAAUACUUGCUCUUUGCAUAUUUUUGUGGUCUAUCUCUCAACGCUCUAGUUCAUGCCCAAGCUCAGUCUGGCUUUAUCAGCAUCGAUUGCGGGAUAGCAGAAAACACUAGCUACACUGACAAAACAACAGGAUUAUAUUACAUUUCAGACUCAAGCUUCAUAGAAACCGGCGUUAGCAAAAGUAUUUCAUUGCAGUACAAUAGUGAUACACGUGAACAGCAGUUUUGGAAUGUCAGAAGCUUCCCUGAUGGAAUCAAAAACUGCUAUACCCUUAAGCCUGCACAAGGCAGAGGUAACAGAUACCUAAUCAGAGCAAGUUUCAUGUAUGGAAAUUACGAUUCCAAAGAUACAAUACCGGCAUUCGAUCUGUAUCUUGGAGCUAAUAAAUGGGAUUCGGUGAAAUUGGACAAUGCAUCCAGUAUCACAGUCAUGGAGAUCAUGCACAUUCCAAGCUCAAAUUAUGUAUUUGUAUGCCUCUUGAACACUGGCUAUGGAACACCUUUCAUAUCAGCAUUAGAGCUUAGACACUUGACAAAUAAUACCUACAGAACUCCAUCUGAAUCAUUAGUGCUCUACCGACGAUUGGAUAUGGGUACCAUAACCAAUAAAUCAAUCAGGUACAAAGAUGAUGCAUUUGAUCGUAUAUGGAGGCCUUAUCACUUCCUCUUUGGUGAAACCUUGAGUACGUUACUUGCAAUUGACUCGGGUGCUCAAAACAUUUACCAACUACCAUCUGUAGUCAUGCAGACUGCCGCAACACCCAAAAAUGCUAGCAGCAAUCUUGAGUUUUACAUGAGGCCAAGUAACCCCACUGCACAGUAUUAUGUUUACAUGCAUUUUGCUGAAGUCGAAAAGCUCGAAGCUAAUCAAUCCAGAGAAUUUAACAUCUACCAAAAUGAUGAAUACUGGAAUGGACCUAUAACUCUUGAUUACUUACAUUCAACAACUAUUUUUAGCACAUCACCUGUGAGUGGAGAUAGAAUUGAUUAUUCAAUCCGAAAAACUGAGACAUCAACACAUCCUCCCAUCCUUAGUGCCCUUGAAGUUUAUAUUGUCCAUGAUCUCUCAGAAUCACAGACAGACGACCAAGAUGUUGAUCUUAUCAUAAAUGUCAAGAAGAAAUAUGGAGUGAAGAGAAACUGGCAAGGAGAUCCAUGUGCUCCAAAAGCUUACAUUUGGGAAGGACUUAACUGCAGCUAUGGUCAAGAAUCUCAUGAUCCAGUUAGAAUCAUAUCCUUGAACUUAUCCUCGGGAGGAUUGACAGGGGACAUAGCUUCUUAUAUAUCAGAUCUUACUAUGAUAGAAUCCUUGGAUUUAUCAAACAACAGCUUAACCGGUUCGGUGCCAGAUUUUCUGUCCAAACUGCAAUAUCUAAAAUUUCUAGACUUGAGCGCAAACAACCUCACAGGUUCAAUUCCCAUUGAGCUUCUUGAAAGAUCAACAAGUGGCUCACUACAACUAAGUGUUUCUGGAAAUCCUGAACUUUGUUCUUCAAGCUCUUGCAAAAAUAACAAGAACAAAAAUAAUAAAUUUGUUGUUCCUCUCAUAGCAUCGAUGGCCACCUUAUUUGUCCUCUUGAUUGCAUUGGCAAUCCUAUGGACCCUCAAGAGGAGAAAAGGAGCAGUUGGGGUGAAUACAAAUAAAACCAAAGGCAUAAGAAAAUUUGGGUCAUUGCAAUUAGCAAAUCAUCAGUUUACAUACUCUGAAAUCUUGGAUAUGACAAACAACUUUGAGAGAGUUAUUGGAAGGGGUGGAUUUGGAACUGUUUACCAUGGCUACUUAAAUAACAUCCAAGUUGCAGUGAAGAUGCUGUCUGAGUCAUCUUCACAGGGAUAUAAGGAGUUUCAAGCAGAAGUUAAACUUCUGAUGAGAGUUCACCAUAGAAACUUGACAAGUCUUGUUGGGUAUUGCAAGGAAGACAGUUACUUGGGGCUCAUAUACGAAUACAUGGCUAAUGGAAACUUACAGAGGCAUCUCUCAGAUAAAAAUGCAUACACCUUGAGUUGGGAGGACAGAAUGCGAAUAGCGGUGGAUGCAGCACAAGGUUUGGAGUAUUUGCAUAACGGUUGUAAGCCACCUAUAAUCCACAGAGAUAUAAAAACUACAAACAUCUUACUCAAUGAAAAACUUCAAGCCAAACUAGCUGAUUUUGGCCUCUCUAGAGCUUUUUCUUUUGAAAGUGGCACACAUUUGUCGACGGCUGUGGCUGGCACCCUUGGCUACCUUGAUCCUGAGUACUACAUGUCAAACUGGUUGCAUGAGAAAAGUGAUGUUUAUAGCUUUGGGGUCGCUUUGUUAGAAAUAAUCACAAGCCGACCAGUGCUUGUCCAAACUGAUGACAAGCCCCACAUAUCUCAAUGGGUUUCAUUUAUGGUUGAAACUGGAGAGAUAAAGAAUAUCAUUGAUCCAAGGUUAAGAGACAACUUUAAUAUUAGUUCUGCAUGGAAAGCUGUAGAAAUAGCAAGUGCUUGUGUUCGCCGAAAGUCCAUUGAAAGGCCAACCAUGAAUCAGGUGGUGAUGGAAUUGAAGGAAUGUUUGGCAUUAGAGAUUGCUCCCAGAAAGGAUGGCCAUGACACCAACAAUUCCAUUAUGAAUCUGAAUGUGGAUACACAUCUAACCCCUUUUGCAAGAUAGUAGCUUUUUUUAUAUUGGGGUGGAGGAUUGGAACUUGAGGAAGUAGUAGCUUUUGAUUAGUAUCAUUUUCGGAGAAUGAAUUGAUUACAGGUGUCGACUCAGCUUUUUUUUUCCUUUGUUUUUCUUGCCUUCUUUCUUUCAUGUCCAUCGUUUCCAGCAAAAACUGAAGU